AUGUCCUCCCAGAAGUGCACUCACCAAGGCUGCGGCAAGACAUUCUCUGACCCAGAGGAAGAAUGUUGCUUUCACCCAGGUCCUCCAGUUUUCCAUGAGGGCCAGAAAGGUUGGAAAUGCUGCAAACCCCGCGUCUUGACAUUCGAUGAAUUCCUUACUAUACCGCCUUGUGCCACGGGAAGACACUCCACCGAAAAGGUUACAACGACAGCAGCAGAUUAUGGAUCCGAAACCUCAUCGGCUGCCGCCUCAGCCGGUGCGAAUCUCCCUGCACCCGUGAUCUCGAAGGAUGGGAAGGAAACCUUUGGGACUGAACGUGUUAGAGCUCCUAUUUCCCAAGCUAGGAUCAAUCCACAACCAGCAGCUCCGAAAGAGCAAGUCCCCGAGGAAGAUGAACCGGGUGUCACUGUCCCCGCUGGAGCGAAAUGCAAAAGGAAUGGGUGUGAGAUUACAUAUGUUAGUGAAGAGGAGAGCAGGAAGCCUGGAUCUUGUGUACAUCACCCUGGAGUUGCAAUAUUCCACGAAGGCUCGAAAGGGUGGUCGUGCUGUAAGAGACGGGUGUUGGAGUUUUCGGAGUUUUUAAAGAUUGGAGGGUGUUCAGAGGGAAACCAUUGCUAUGUUGGUACCCAGAAGAAGGAUGAGGCUGGAGGAGAAGAGAUCGUUACUUGUCGAACGGACUUCUAUCAAACAUACACAAAUAUCAAUGCCUCGAUAUUCCUGAAGAAAACAGAUAAGGACAAGUCAACCAUUACCUUCAGGCCUACGGAGAUUGAUGUCGACUUAAAGACGACGGACAAUAAGAGGUAUCAGACGACUAUACCGUUGUAUGCGACGAUAACACCGGACGAGUCGACGUUCAAGGUAAUGGGGACGAAGGUGGAGAUGAGCUUGAAAAAAGCCGACGGGACAUCUUGGCCAGCUCUCCGAAAUGACGAGGCUACAGGGGAAAUCAUACAGAUUGGUAAUGCCCCCAGGAUAUGA